UCAACAUUCGAAUGGCUCCGCAAAGCGAACUCCGCCAACGUACUGCUGGCGCAGGCGCGACCGACGUCAAGGAAGCAAAGAAGUCGUUCACGUGGCAAGAAGUCGCCAAGCACAACCAUGCUGGAAGUGCUUGGAUGAUCGUGCGCAAUAAGGUAUACGACGUCACGUCGUGGGUUGACAAGCAUCCGGGAGGAGCGGAGAUGGUGAUUUUGCACUCGGGCCGUGAAGCGACGGACACGUUCGACUCGUACCAUCCUUUCAGCGACAAGGCUGAAAAAGUGCUCGCCAAGUACGAAAUUGGGACGUUGGUUGGACCUGCCGAAUUCCCCGUGUACAAGCCGGACUCGGGAUUCUACCGCGAGUGCCGCAAGCGUGUGGGUGAGUACUUCGAGAAAAACAACAUCAACCCCCAAGCUGGUUUUGCUGGUUUCUGGCGUAUGACUGUCGUGAUGGCCGUGGCCGCUGCGUCGUACUACGGGAUGCACUUCUCACCCGUACUUGCCGUUCGAGUCGUGUCUGCGGCGAUUUUCGGCAUCUGCCAGGCGCUUCCGCUCCUCCACGUCAUGCAUGACUCGUCGCAUGCUGCGUUUACCAAGCAACCGUUUAUCCGUGAGUUUGCUGGUCGUUUGUUUAUGGACUGGUUCGCCGGUGCCAGUAUGGUGUCGUGGCUGAACCAACACGUGGUUGGCCACCACAUCUACACCAACGUGGCAGGUGCGGAUCCCGAUCUUCCCGUCAACUUUGACAGCGAUGUCCGCCGCAUUGUGUCGCGUCAGAUGAUGCACUCCAUUUACCGAUUCCAGCACUUGUACUUGCCGCCGUUGUAUGGUCUGUUGGGGUUGAAGUUUCGAAUCCAAGACUUCACCGACACGUUUGGCAGCCUCACGAACGGUCCCAUCCGCGUCAAUCCCCCGAGUACCAUUCAAUGGGUGCAACUCAUCUUGUCCAAGUCGUUCUGGGUCUUCUACCGUGUGUACAUUCCGUUGGUAGUGUUCCAAGUGCCGCUGGCGACGUUUGUUCCGCUCUUUUUGCUCGCCGAACUCUUCACAGGCUGGCACUUGGCCUUUAACUUUCAAGUGAGCCAUGUCUCCACAGAAUGCACCUACCCCAACGGCACCGAUGUCAAAUCUGUCUUGGAUGACGAGUGGGCUGUGUCCCAAGUCAAGUCGUCACUCGACUACUCGCACGGGUCUUGGUUGACCACAUUCAUGGCCGGGGCCCUCAACUACCAAGUUGUGCACCACUUGUUCCCGUCUGUGUCCCAGUACCAUUACCCUUCCAUUGCGCCCAUCAUCAUGCAAGUGUGCAAGGAGUACAACGUGCGCUACCCCAUCUUGCCGACCUUUGCCGCCGCCUUUGGCGCGCACUUAGACCACCUCAAGGAAAUGGGUCGCCAAGGCAUCCCCGUGUCGGUGCACAUGGGUUAACUGCGCACGACGUCGCGUUUUGUAAUGAACGUUGGAAUGCCAAACUUUAAUUCGAGUAGCGCGACACAAAAAUUGCCAGCAUGAAAUCGCUGAAAAGUUACAGGCGCCCGCCCCUCUUGUCGAAGCGAUUGUUCCGCCUACAACUUCACCGAAGCACGCCUCACUUGGGUAGCACAUGGACCAUCGAAACGGAGGUGGACUUGUGCUAGGCGCGAAUGGUUUGACAGCUCAUUGCGCUGCGCCACAGUUCGUCAUGUGUGCAGAUUGGGUUCGUUAAUGCGCAGUUCAGAACCCUCACAGAGUUCAUGUUUUACCGUGCGAAUACCAAAGUCCAAUGGCGAACUUGAAGAAAAGCCGUGUGGUGCUCGACGAUCUGGUCGAACGAGUCGUCGCAAGGAUUCCCGUUGCCAUGGGUUGCAUGAAUUCGGCAGUGGGCAAACUGGAAUGGAGAGCAGUGGAAGAGCUCCAUGUUAACACAAAUUCGACCAACCAACUAUUAGAUAGUCUGGUAGGCGCUGCGGAGAGGUUUGGUUUCGACAGUGUCGCCGCGGAUGUGGUCCACGUUGCGGGCCGUGUGGUUGAAUUGAACAUACGCGCCGAGGAGGAACAAGGCCACCGUGCCAGCCAAGUAACCCCACCACGACGAAGGCACGGCCCCAAUGAACGACGAUGUCGCCCUGACAUCAGUUAACUGCUGGACCGUAGGGUAGCCGCCGAUGAAGUGGCCCAAAGCACCGACAAAGAUGGUCGCACCGCCAAAUGCCGUAGCAAUCACAAGCGCAGGCUUUUCCAAAUAAAUGGCUGCCAAACCGCCCAAGAGUGACCCAACAACCAAAAAACCGUAGUGAUAGUACACGUGGUUGGCACCACCAACGCUGGCAAACACCGACGUGACGAGCAAGAAGGCAGCGGCACCGCCGGCAACGGCACCGACAGCAAAGAUGCCAACGUCGUAAAAAUACACUACCAAGAUGGCUGCAAUGAGCCCACCAAUGAAGAAACCCACCAAGGCAGGGCUUUCAUUGGCAAAUGCUUGAAGCAAGACAUCGUACGAGAAGACGGCGCCCAAGAAGAACGACGCGAUGAAGAGCACGGGAUAGAUCAGCUUGUAGCCAGCAAAUGUCACGGCCAAAGUGGCCAAUAUGGCGACCGCGGCAAUGAUGUUUUUCAACCAGCGGGCGGUCGCAGAGUCGCCACCAGCCAACUCGUCGAUGAGUUGAUCACCAGUCUUGUUCAAGACUUCAUCGACUUUGGAGGGUGGGAUGGUAGUGCUGGCCGUUUGGGCCACUACGAAUGCGACGCACAUGAGCGCCAUCGCCACAUGCUUGGCAAAGUACGGGGAAGCAGCCAUGACGACUUGAUCGAGCAACUUGGCAACUGACUCGUGUGGAAUGUCGG